GCCCGAUCGUACACCUAUCAUUGCAGGUGCGCAUCUGUGCAAAGUCCAAUGAGUUUCUUCCAAUCCAAAUCAUGUUUUCCAACAAAAUUUGAUAUUGAAUUAAAUAUAUCUUCAGAUGUAGUAGCUGCUGUCAAAGAUUGGGAGUACAAAAUCUCUUCCUGUGUGAUAACUUCCCGAUUUAUCCAGUCUCAUCCGCUUGAAUGAUUCUGCUUUAGAAGAAAAAAACUCUUUAGUCUCCAAAAUCAGAAUAGGAUGUUGUUGCUUCGAAUGC